ACUCUUCUCUCUCUCUCUCUCUCUCUCUCUCUCUCUCAAAAUCCCUCACUUUCUCUCUCCUCCGGUUCUCCCUCCUCAACCUCAAAAAUCAGCGGAAUUCUCACCAGAACCCUGGCUCGGGUUGAAGAUCUCGCCUCCAUCUCUAGUUCCCGCCAAAACUCGACAGUUUCUGGCGCUGUUUCGAGGAUUUUGGGGGGGAAUUGGGUCGGAUCUCGUUUUUUUGGGGGGGAUUUCGGCGUUAACGGUAGGUAAUUGGAGCCGUUUUGUGAAGAAUAUGAGCUGGCGUUUCUAGUUUUCUUUUAUUAAUUGGCGGUGAAUUUAACGGAUAAGGUGUGGGAGUUUAAAGGUUGAGGGUUUGGAGCUCGCUCGUGGAGUUAAUGUUGGAGUUAAUGAGGGUUUAAUUGGAAAUGGGGUAGUUGAAGUGGUGCAAAUUGGCGUCUUUUGGUGUUAUGUUAAGAAAAGUUGUGAUUUUUUUGUUGGAGUGAGGGGUUGAAUUUAUCAUGGAGGUUGCUUCUUCUAAUCAUCAGGCUGGAGCUCGGCCUUGUUUAGGCACUUCAGCUGAUCUUUUAUAUAAGGAACUUUGGCAUGCUUGUGCUGGACCUCUGGUUACAGUACCCCGAGAAGGGGAGCGGGUCUAUUACUUUCCCCAAGGUCAUAUGGAACAGCUCGAAGCAUCUACCCAUCAAGGGCUUGAUCAGCAGAUGCCCUUGUUUAAUUUACCAGCAAAGAUCCUAUGCAGGGUCAUGCACGUUCAGCUUCGUGCUGAAGCAGAUAGUGAUGAAGUUUAUGCACAGAUUACCUUGCUACCUGAACCGGAUCAAGGGGAGGUCACAUGUCCAGAUCCUCCACUUCCUGAACCUGAAAGGUGUACGAUACAUUCCUUCUGUAAAACACUCACUGCUUCAGACACAAGUACCCAUGGGGGAUUCUCAGUACUGAGGAGGCAUGCUGAUGAAUGCCUACCACCAUUGGACAUGUCACAACAUCCACCUUGGCAAGAAUUGGUCGCCACAGAUCUUCAUGGGAAUGAGUGGCAUUUCCGUCAUAUAUUUAGAGGACAACCUAGACGACAUUUGCUCACUACUGGGUGGAGCAUCUUUGUUAGCUCAAAGAAAUUGGUAGCAGGCGAUGCAUUUAUCUUCUUGAGGGGUGAGAAUGGAGAAUUACGAGUUGGUGUGAGGAGGCUUAUGAGACAACUAACUAAUAUGCCAUCGUCUGUUAUAUCAAGUCACAGCAUGCAUAUUGGAGUCCUAGCUACUGCAUCACAUGCCAUAUCUACUGGCACACUUUUUUCUGUCUUCUAUAAACCCAGAACAAGCCGUUCUGAGUUCAUCAUAAGCCUCAAUAGAUAUCUUGAAGCCAAAAACCACAAGCUGUCUGUCGGAAUGAGGUUUAAAAUGAGAUUUGAGGGUGAUGAAGCUCCUGAAAGAAGGUUUAGUGGUACUAUAAUUGAAGUUGGUGACUUGGGAUCAUCUAGAUGGGCAAAUUCUGAGUGGAGAUCUUUAAAGGUUCAAUGGGAUGAACCUUCAUCCAUUAUACGUCCAGACAAAGUUUCACCAUGGGAAGUGGAGCCACUUGUUGCAUCCUCCCAACCACAACCAGUACAGAAAAAUAAACGUGCACGACCACCAAUUUCUCCCUCUGGAGCUCCAGAUAUUCCUUCAGAUCUUGGUAUGAUACCACUCUUUAUAAUUUUCUAUAGUUAUUNAACUGAUGCUGCUAAAACUUUCUCAUUUUCGGGUCUUCAACGAAGCAGAGAAUCUUAUCCAUUCUCCAACCCCACCUCUCUUUUCUCGCCAACAGCAAAACCUGGCUCCAUUGGAUUCAGUGGGAGCACAGCAGCAUCACCAAUUCCCAGUAGUCCUAGAUCUGUUGGUUUCAAUGGGAGUUCUGGACCUUUACAAUCUCCCCGCAGUACAAUGUACUGGCAAGCUCAUGCAGAUGCUCAAACUAAAUCAUACAAAGAACCAACUAGUAAGAAGCAGGUUACGAGCAAUGGCAAUGGCUGCCGGCUCUUUGGAAUAUUGAUAGAGAAUUCAACUUGCAAUAGAACUUCACCAGUGGCUGCUGCUGCUGCUGCUGCUGCUGUUGUUGCAGAGGACCGACCAUUAUCGUCUCAUGAUAUUGAAUCUGAGCAACAAUCUCAUCCUUCAAAUGCCAACCAAUCUGAUGCCCCUGCCAUUAGCAGUGAACCGGAGAAAUCAUGUCUUAGAUCUCACCACGAAACUCAGAGCAGGCAAUCACGAAGCUGCACCAAAGUUCACAUGCAUGGAAUGGCAGUUGGGAGAGCAGUGGACUUGACAAGAUUUGAUGGGUACGAGGACCUCCUCCACAAGCUGGAAGAGAUGUUCAGCAUUGAAGGGGAGCUAACCAGUGAUGUUAAAAAGUGGCAGGUUGUCUACACCGAUGAUGAAGAUGACAUGAUGCUGGUUGGAGACGACCCUUGGCACGAGUUCUGCACCAUGGUUAGAAAAAUCUACAUCUACACUUGCGAGGAAGCCAAGCGUCUGUCCCCCAAAUCAAAGCUGCCAAUACUCAAAGGCGAAGGGGUAUGUAAGAAUGCUGAGGGCGAUGUCACGAGAAACGCCCAUGAGGACCAGGUGUCUGUUUCAUCUGAUAGGGACUGCUGAAUGCUGACUCGUUGAUAUGCAUCAAAUAGGUUCUUAGUCGUUUUCGUCGAAAUCUCCAGCUAGCUAGCUAUCGUCAGCUUGUGAUCAAUGACGGGUCACCGUAUAUGGCAAAUGUUAUGGCUUGCCAUGCUCUUUUUGUUUGGUAUCAUUUGGUUAGGCUUUGGUCAUGGUGGCGCGAAAGAAGGCAAAUGAGCCGCGGGUGGCUUCACAUCUUUCAUAUCCUUUUGUUCCUUUUAUUUCAUUUUGAGUAAAUAUGGUACAAACUAUUAUAGGACAACGUUGGAGUCAUGCUUUGUCUCAUGUUUUUUAAGAUAGGUAUCAAAAUGUUGCUUGCUUGCGGGCUGAUACCUUUCAGUUCAUAGCGUUGGAUUGCAUUGAUCAUGUGAAGCUGUAUUUUUUGUUGUGUGCGGAUGAGACGAGCCAUCAAGGGAUGUGUGAUCACGUGUGUUGUGAUGCUCUUGCUUGUAAAUGUGGGUGAGGUUUGGUAUGUGACUGGCACAUGCAUAAGGUGGGUUUUUGUCAA